AUGGCUGGUGAAGGUGGCACGUUGGACGUGGCCCAGCUGAUACAAGCAGCUACAGACGCUGCUCGUGCUGCUGCUGAUGCGGCUGCAGCCCUUAGAGAUGUUCAGGCUAGUCGUGGAACUGGUUUGAGUGGAAAGGGGUUUAGUGAAGCCUCAAAAGUCAUUAGACAACCUGACCCGUUUGGUUCUGAAAACCACGAAGAAGAUCUUAGCAAGUGGCAAGACUUCACAGUGAACUUCAAAGCUUGGUUGUUCUAUGGUGAUAGUGGUUUUGAAAGUGACCUUCAUAGAGUCGAGACCAACUAUGCCUCAACUCCAAUAGAGUUUCCUAGAUCCGAGCCCAAUGACGUUCAAGAAAGAUGCAAGCAGCUUUUCAACAUCCUUACGGGGAUACUUCGUGGCAAGCCGUUGCGGCUACUGCGCCAAACUUCUGAGAGAAAUGGUUUCGAGGUUUGGAGAAAGUUGGCGCAACUCUUUUCACCAAAGACCAAAAGCAGGUCGAUUUCUUUGCUUGCUGCGUUGAUGAAUAUUCCAACCUUCAGCCUGAAGGACAAAACCCUGAUGGACCAGAUCUUAGGCCUUGAACGCUUGAGAACUGAGUAUAUGAGAUCUUCUGGAACUGAUGUGGCUGAUGACCUGAUGUUGAGCAUCCUGGUCAAGUCGUUGCCAAAGGCAUUGCAGACCCACAUUCAGCUGCAGAUGACAGAGCACUCAACGUAUGCCCAGGUCAGGGAACUUGUCCUCAGCUACGAGUCAGUGACGACUACAUGGCCCAACGUGGAGCCACCAGAUGAGUUGCCAGCGGCUGCAGAAGAAGCUGAGUUACCAGUUGCAGAGAGACCAGAU